AUGGAUUCUUUCCAGCAGCAACAGCAGCAGCAGCCCCGUGGCGCUUGCUACUCUUGCGGUUCUACCGGUCACCAGGCUCGCGACUGCCCCACCAAGGGUCCUGCUAAGUGCUACAACUGUGGUGGCGAGGGCCACAUGAGUAUGUUUCUUCCCAUUCUGGCGUGCUGUGGUGAGAUCGGCCACAUUGCCCGCAACUGCAACAAGUCCUCCUACGGUAACAACUUCGGCGGCGCUGGCGGUUUCGGUGGUGGUGCCGGCAAGACCUGCUACUCUUGCGGUGGUUUCGGCCACAUGUCUCGCGAGUGCGUCAACGGCAUGAAGUGCUACAACUGCGGCGAGUCUGGCCACUACUCUCGUGACUGCCCCAAGGAGUCCGCUGGUGGUGAGAAGAUCUGCUACAAGUGCCAGCAGCCUGGACACGUCCAGUCUCAGUGCCCCAGUAACUAA